AUGGGAGAAGUUGCUGGAUUUGGAAUGGAUCCUGACUUACAAAUUGAUCUCAUCACAGAACUGGACCUUGUGAAUACGACCACUGGAGUUACGCAGGUGUCAGGACUACACAAUGCCAGCAAAGCAUUUUUAUUCCAAGAUGUAGAAAGAGAAAUCCAUGCUGCGCCCCACCUGAACGAGAAGUUAAUUCAGCUUUUUCGGAAUAAAAGCGAGUUCACAUUUCUAGCCACCUUGCAGCAGAAGGCAUCAACUUCUGGAGUUAUACUAUCCAUUCGAGAGCUGGAGCACAGCUACUUUGAAUUGGAAAGCAGUGGCCUGAGGGAUGAGAUCAGAUAUCACUACAGAUUUAAUGGGAAGUCACGGACAGAGGUGUUCCCAUACCGGAUGGCAGAUGGACAGUGGCACAAGAUUGCACUCUCACUUAGUGCAUCCCACCUCCUGCUUCAUGUGGAUUGCAACAGGAUUUACGAACGUGUCAUAGAUCCUCCAGAAACAAAUUUGACCCCAGGAAGCAGCUUAUGGCUUGGACAGAGAAAUAGGAAACAUGGUUUCUUUAAGGGUAUCAUUCAAGACGUGAAAGUCAUCUUUAUUCCUAAUGGAUUUAUAACACAGUGUCCUAAUCUGAAUCGCACAUGCCCAACCUGCAGUGAUUUCUUAAGUCUGGUUCAAGGAAUCAUGGAUUUGCAAGAACUCUUGGCAAAAAUGACUGCAAAACUAAAUUAUGCAGAAACAAGGCUUAGUCAAUUGGAAAACUGUCACUGUGAGAAGACUUGUCAAGUAAAUGGAGUGAUCUAUCGAGACAAAGACUCAUGGGUAGAAGAUGAUCACUGCAGGAAUUGCACAUGCAAAAGUGGAGUAGUGGAAUGUCGAAGGAUGUCCUGUCCCUCUCUCAACUGUUCUCCUGAUGCUCUGCCAGUACAUGUGGGAGGCCAGUGCUGCAAAAUAUGCAGGUCUAAAUGUAUCUAUGGAGGCAAAAUGUUAGCAGAAGGUCAGCGAGUUUUAACCAAGAGCUGCAGGGAAUGCCGAAAUGGAGUUUUAGUAAAAGUAACAGAGACCUGUCCACCAUUGAACUGUUCAGAAAAAGACCAUGUUCUUCCAGAGGGCCAGUGCUGUAGCGUCUGUAAAGGUCAUAAUUUUUGUGCAGAAGGACACAGGUGUGGUGAAAAUUCAGAGUGCAAAAACUGGAACACAAAAGCUACUUGUGAAUGCAAGAGUGGUUAUGUCUCUAUCCAGGGGGACUCAGCAUAUUGUGAAGAUAUAGAUGAGUGUGCUGCUAAGAUGCAUUACUGUCAUGCCAAUACAGUGUGUGUUAACCUGCCGGGAUCAUAUCGUUGUGACUGUGUUCCAGGAUAUGUCCGUGUGGAUGAUUUCUCAUGCACAGAGCAUGAUGAAUGUGGCACUGGACAGCACAACUGUGAUGUGAAUGCAAUCUGUACUAACACUAUCAGGGGACAUAGCUGCACCUGCAAGCCUGGAUAUGUGGGGAAUGGGACCAUCUGUCGAGCAUUCUGUGAAGAGGGAUGCAGAUAUGGUGGGACAUGUGUGGCACCGAACAAGUGUUCCUGCCCUUCUGGAUUCACAGGAAGUCAUUGCGAGAAAGAUAUUGAUGAGUGUGCAGAGGGGAUCAUUGAGUGUCACAACCAUUCACGCUGUGUUAACCUCCCAGGGUGGUACCACUGUGAGUGCAGAAGCGGUUUCCAUGACAAUGGAACCUAUUCUCCUUCCGGAGAGUCCUGUAUUGAUAUCGAUGAAUGUGCCCUAAGGAUCCACACCUGUUGGAAUGAUUCAGCCUGUGUGAACUUGGCAGGUGGUUUUGAUUGUCUGUGUCCAUCAGGACCAUCUUGCACUGGGGAUUGCCCACAUGAAGGUGGCUUGAAGCGAAAUGGUCAGGUGUGGACACUGAAGGAAGACAGGUGCUCUGUUUGUUCCUGUAAGGAUGGGAAGAUUUUCUGCCGGCGAACAGCUUGUGAUUGCCAGAACCCCAGCGUUGAUCUCUUUUGCUGCCCAGAAUGUGACACCAGAGUGACCAGUCAAUGUUUAGACCAAAAUGGACAUAAGCUGUAUCAUAGUGGGGACAACUGGACAUACAGCUGUCAGCAAUGUCGUUGUCUGGAGGGGGAAGUGGAUUGUUGGCCCCUUUUAUGCCCAAAUCCAAACUGUGAAUACACAGCUAUUUCAGAAGGAGAAUGUUGCCCCCACUGUGUCAGUGACCCUUGUCUAGCUGAUAACAUCACUUACGACAUCCAAAAAACCUGUUUAGAUGGCUAUGGGAUCACAAGGCUCAGUGGCUCUAUGUGGACUAUGGUUGGAUCUCCUUGUACCACCUGCAAAUGCAAGAACGGGAAUGUCUGCUGUUCUGUGGAUUUAGAAUGUCUUCACAAUAACUGAAGUAAUACAGUCGAACUCUUCUAUGUAAGGAAAACUGGUACAGUUAACAUCUGAAAUGAAGUUAUAUGAGUUGGUGUUUUAUACAACAGACAAUUACCAAAGUCUCCGCAUGAGGAAGAUGUUUGGGAGUUGCCUUUGGGACCUACCACUAUGCUCAUUCUUGCUAGCCUUGUCUGGGUGACUUUACAGUACAACACAUUAAUAAGUCUAUGGUUGUUAAAAGCUUUCAGUGUUGUAAAUAACACACUUCUUCCUGUCAGAUUAUUUGCAAAUAUGUUUAUUUCUUGAGUAAACUAAUUGUAUAUUUUUUUUUUGUUUAAUUUGUGUACUGACAAUAUGAUCAAAACUCAGUUCAUUUUACUUUGGAUCUAGAUUCCACAAAUAAAGCUGCCUAUUGUGAUUCUGUCCCAUAACACCGCAUACUUAAUUCUGAGGUCCCUGUCAGAUGUAUUUAUGAAAAUAUGUAUGUAUGUACAGUCAAAUUAUAUUUCAGAGUUGUCAAACCUUUUAAAACAUUCCGAGGUACAUUUGACUUGUACAGGCUGGAAGUAAUCAAACCUAAGUCUGUCUUCGAAAAAAAUGAAUGCCACAAGCUAAAUGAAGUGGCAAAAAGCACUUUCUUUUCCAAUCAUAUGAACUAGCAGCAGAUUUGAAUUGAGACACAUAUUCAGCACCCUUUCAAUACAUAUCAAGGAAACAAUGCCACUUAUUGACAUCGGUGUUCUAAUUUGCAAGUGAAACUACAUAUACUGGAUGUGGGUGUAAUUCAUCUGGAUUGUGUGAUAGAAAAUAAAGCAGUCAAACAGCUUUAAGCUUGUAUAUUUUGACCUGAGUGGGCCAGAUUUUGCACUCAGUUACAUUAAUGUAGGUGAGCUCAAAAUCUUUCCUGGUGUAGUUAUUUUAAUAAUAAAACUGCCAUUCACAAUUACUUUUUUCAUAAUAAAAAAGUUCAGAACCAUCUGUACUAUUGUAGAGAUGACAGCAUACACUGCCUUAGCCCUUACAGGUUAGUGGCAUUCUGUUCUAUCAUUUUGAUUAUGUGUAAGACAUUCAAAACAAUUUGUCCCCUCUUUGUACUGUUCUGACAUUCAAAAGGACCUAAUUUAUUAAGUUAGCCAUGUACAUAAUGUUGUCUAAAACCCCCAAACCUAGGCAAAAAUCCUAAUUAAAACUUCUAACCCUACACAAAAGGUUAGAUUUUGGAUUCUCUCCAAGGUAGGUGCAACUACUUUUUUCAUGAGGCUAGAAAGUUUGUAGCACUGGAACAAAACAUCUGUUCCCAGGACGAUGGCAUCUAUGGCUCAAAUACCACAUUUUUAAUGUGCUGUUGUAGUCUGUUCUGUUCAUUUGUGUAGUGUUUUCUGCCCUUUUUGUUCUUUUUUCUUAAUUAAAGACAUAAUGGGUGUUUGGAAAAAGAUUGCAGCUAUAAGUAUAGUGGCUACACUUUGGAAAAGUAUACAUUUGUGGUUUUUCAUAGCUUCUUCCAGAAAAUGUGAAAUUUAUUUUAAGAAUGAUGUGUGACUGUAUGAAAUGGAAGAAUAUUAGAUUUUUCUCUUAAAUAAUGUACUUUCAUGUUUCUCCUAAAGAGGAGUUGCAAAACACUGUAAAAAAAAGACUUGCGAUCAUUUAGGCAAGUUUGUCCUGCAUUCAUUGUUAGUAUUGAUAAUUUUGCUUAAAAGACUUGUUCAUAACUGGGUUCCAGCCUAAACAUAGAUUUCUUUUCUAAUGUCUGGUCAUUUUCAGCUUUCCAUGCAUUGUUUUAAUGAUUGUAUUAUAAGGGAAACAGUUGUGUUUUAUAUGAUACUUUGUAAAUCAUACUGUCAGCUCAUUUUGUAAAUCACAUUGUAAAACCCAAUGGUAAUUCAAUUGGAGGAGACAUCCAGUGGGCUGGGAUAUAAAAAGUAAUGAUUUAAAACUUGUGGGCAUCAAAAUAAACUCCUAUGUACAGA